AUGCUUGCUUAUCGUAUUUAUUUCUGGGUAAAAAAGGGACAAAGCCAGAAACAUUAUAUGCUAGAUGUUGCUCUAGUUCCAUGUGACUUUUUCUGUCGAAAUUUUCAGUCCUCUUUCGAGGGCACUCGUGCCUUUGAUGGUUCUGAUUCUGAUUCUGGUUCUGAUUCUAGACCAAAAGGUGACAGGAAAAGAAAAAAGUCAAAAAAUCAACAGCCAAAUCCUACUACUUCUAAAAGAUACCAACUUAUGUCUGAAUUGCGCAAAAAUAUGAGAGAAGCAUUGCAAAAAAGGAGAAACAGGUCAAAGACAAUUGUUAAUUUAAAGGAACUCAAAGAUCCACUGAUCGAAAAGUUCAAGGAUGAAGAAUUAUUGCCAAUCGUCUCAGAUAACGGCUAUCACAGCCCUGAGUUUUCAGAAGAUGAUGACGGGCAAAAUAUAAUAGUUGUACGUAAUCUGCGAUGGCGAUCGAGCACGUUGCGCCGAUUUUUGUAUUAUGUAGACAAAAAUACAAAAAAAGGUAUCAAAAAGCGAGAACAGGUGUAUAAACCCAGCGAAUCUGUUGAUGAAAUAGCGCCAUCAGAUGCGCCUGGUUGGGCUAAAUCAGGUUAUGAUGGUCCGUUGAAAAGACCGGUCGCAAAGGUGGUCAGUAAAUAUAUUACGCAAUGA